AUGCAACGCGCCAGCCUCCUCGCAUAUUACGACACGUUGCUGGAGAUGGGAGGCGAUGAUGUCCAACAACUAUGUGAUGCUGGUGAGGAAGAAUUCCUAGAAAUUAUGGCGUUAGUUGGCAUGGCGUCCAAACCGCUUCAUGUCAGGCGUCUCCAGAAGGCCCUUCAAGAAUGGGUCAAUAACCCAGCCCUGUUUCAGAUCCCAAUCGUCCCCAACAUAUGCCCCACAGAGAACCCUUUUAUCCAAUGCAACCAAAGACUACUGAACAUUCCUCCGACAAUCCCCAAUGUCCUUCCAAGAACUGUAGCGUCCCCUGAAAGUAGCAGACCAAUGUACAGUCCAUCUCCAGGCGCCCCGGACAAUAGUUGUGGGUCCACCACAUCUAACCCUAACGUCAGUCCUGUACAUAAUCAAGCCACUUUUACCAAAAUUGUCUUGCCGUCGUCUCCUGCCGCGACCACUCCAGUCACAACCACCACCAGAUCAUUUUCACCACAAAGUGCUUGUCCUCCCGCUUCCUCUGGUUCUAGUCCAAGCUCUGUUACAUCACCAGUUCAGUUAACACCAGUUCUUCUAGAUGUUCAUGUACAGAAAUUAGCUGCGGCCGCGGAGAAAUUGAGCAAACAUUUGCCCCAAUUAGAACCAAAGCCGCAGAAUACUAAAAAGAAGAUGUGUAAAGACUUAGAACUGGUGAUGAUGAUGCCCGAGUCAGAUCCAAGGAGGAUGGAGGAGAUAAGGAAGUACGCGGCGAUAUACGGCAGGUUUGACUGUAAACGGAAGCCGGAGAAGCCAUUAACACUGCAUGAGGUGAUGGUAAAUGAGGCGGCCGCACAGAUGUGCCGCUGUGUGCCGGCGCUGCUGACGCGGAGGGAUGAGUUGUUCCCUCUCGCCAGGCAGCUCGUGCGCAGAGCUGGCCUACACUACUCCAAACACGGCCUCCCCCCCACAGCGACGAUAGAGGAUCGAGAACGAGAUGAGGAUGAGACGCCAAAUAAACGACCGCGGCAGGUCGCGCCAAUCACACAUGAAGGAGAUGAAGGUAAUGGUGUCCGGGCAAGUCCUGAUGCUACCAGAGGAGCUUCUAAUCAUAGUUGGUGGGGAAUGAAGACUGAAAGUGACGACGCGGACUCCAGGUGCUCAUACUCCAGUACUAGUACUCCACCACCAGAAACGGAAGAGAGCCGCCCGCAAAUAGUAGCAGCCCGUGGAGAUAGCAUCAUCGCCGUCGCCAACCCUGCGCUGCAGCCGCCGCACACCCUGCACGUGCCCCACACACCACAUCCCACCAGAAACCACUCCAACUGA